GGCUGAACACGGUUACUUUCCCAAAUCCCAAUUCGCUCUGUACCAAGAGAUUGACGCGAAGCCGCUCUCUGCAUAUCCACAAGUAAGAACUCGAGGGGAAUUGCUGGGGAUGAAGCAGGUGUAUAGCGGCUCAACUUGGCUGGAGUAAUAAUCAAGAACGAAGAUGACUGCAUUUAUUCAAGCGAAGAUCUGCCCUGCAACUAUUUCAACAUUUGAUAGAAUCUCAAGUGAAAAUGGGCAUAAACUGCGAUCCUGGUCUCAAGUUGUGCUACCAUCUCAAGAACUUUGUAGGCGUAGUUUAUUGUGUAAUGGCAUGUCAUUGGUUGCCUUUCUCACAUUCAACAAUGCAUUGACACCAUGGUUGGCUCGGGCUGAAGAAACGCCAAAUCACAAGGAGGAAGAGGAAAAUGGAGUCAUCGGGACGAUCAAAUCAAUAUUUGAUCCAAAUGAGAGAACCAAAUCUGGGAAAGUAUUGCCGAAGGCUUACCUGAAGUCAGCAAGGGAGGUGGUGAAGACGCUGCGUGAGUCAUUACAGGAAGACUCCAAGGAUGGUGCUAAAUUUAGACGAACUGCAGAUGCUGCAAAAGAAUCCAUUAGAGACUAUUUAGGCAAUUGGUUGGGGCAACAGGCAGUUAUUCAAGAGGAAUCUUAUGCUGUGCUAGAGAAGGCAAUAAGGUCAUUGGCAGGUUUUUAUGCAAAGGCUGGGCCAUCUGCACCAUUGCCGGAAGAUGUUAAAUCUGAUAUACUGAAUGAUUUGGAUAAGGCUGAAGAAUUCUUGUAAUUGAUGAGCAUUUGAGCUCUAGAAUAAUAUUUUUGUUUUAACAUAACAUUUUGUAGGUAUGUAGCUUCACGACUGAUCUCCACAAUGGUAUGAUAUUGUCCCCUUUAAA